AUGGGGCCCAGCAGAGCAGGGCCGGAUACCAUACAACAGGGGACCCAGGAUGGGGGCAGAGUGGCACUGAGAGGCCAUGUCCAGUCAGACUCCAGACACCUGAUGGACAGAUACACCUUCAUUGAGAACUUCAACAAUCAAGAAUGCCCUUCCAAGACCUACCUGUGCUACGAGGUGGAGAGGCUGGAUGGGGACACUGUGAUCCCUCUGGAUGAGUACAAGAGAUUUGUGUGCAACAAGGGUCCUUAUCAACCAGACGGACCCCACCAUGCGGAGUUCUACUUCCUGGAUCAGAUCCGUUCUAGGAAUCUGGACAAGAAUCAGCACUACAGGCUCACCUGUUUCAUCUCCUGGAGUCCCUGUUACUCUUGUGCCCACAACCUGACUACGUUCCUGAAGGAGAACGACCACAUAAGCCUGCGCAUCUUUGCCUCCCGCCUCUAUACCAGGAACCGUUUUGGGAACUAUCAGAGAGGCCUGUGCGAACUGCAAGAUGCUAAGGCCCAAAUCACCAUCAUGACCUCUCAGGACUUUAAGCACUGCUGGGAAACCUUUGUGGACCACCAGGGAAAUCCCUUUCAGCCCUGGGAGGGGCUGGAAGCAAAGAGCCAAGAGCUCUGUGAGAAACUGCGGGACAUUCUCAGGACUCAGCAAAACUGA